CGGCCAAAGAAAUCCAAGGAUAAGGUUGAAGAUGGAGGAGUAACCGCAGCACUUAUGACGAUUGCUGAAGCUUUUAAGGAUAGCACUUCUGCGCUUCGUGAGAGCACGUUAGCUUAUGAAAAAUCUCAUCAAAAGCUUCCGAUUUCUGAAGUUGAGCUUUGGAAGCUUUUGGAGGAUUUGCAUAUUGAAAAUCAUUUGAUCAACCGAGCAUAUCUGUACCUUCUCAACAAUCCUGAUAUGAUCAAAGGACUCAUUGGAUGCCCGAAGAAUAAACAGAAGGAGUUGCUUAUUGAAAUGGUGUUUGGUCCACCGGCAUCUACUACCAGGCCAUAUUAGUGAAGGCAAGUGUGUGUGAAAGUCGAGCUUAUUUGGAGUGCAUUGACUUCUUUAUGUUAUUGAUUGGAAUGCGCUAGAUUAAUAUAACUGCAAGUACUUGAAAUAAAAUGUGAAACAUAAUACGCUGAG